AUGAAUCCUCCCAGGCUAAGGGGUCUUUCCUGCCCAGCUCAGGACAUCAACUGCACCAAGAUUAUGACCUCCAUCAGUGAGUGGAACAACACAGAAGUGGAUGCCUACCAUGUGGUCGACCUUCCUUCCAUCACUCCCACGGCAGUGAUGUUGCCACCCCACUCCCGGAAUGUCUUCCCCACAGCAGAUGUCCCGGAUCAUGCCCACUAUACCAUUGGUGCUACCAUCUUGGUUGUGGGUUUCACAGGAGUGCUGGGGAACCUGCUGGUCAUCUACACAUUCUGCAGGAGCCGCAGCCUUCGCACACCCGCUAACAUGUUUGUCAUCAACCUCGCCAUCAGUGACUUCUUCAUGUCCUUCACCCAAGCCCCAGUGUUCUUUGCCAGCAGCCUGUACAAACGCUGGAUCUUUGGAGAGAAAGGAUGUGAGUUUUAUGCCUUCUGUGGGGCCCUCUUUGGCAUCACCUCCAUGAUAACGUUGAUGGUGAUCGCCCUGGACCGGUACUUGGUGAUCACUCGCCCUCUGGCCUCUAUUGGUGUCAUAUCAAAAAAGAAGACUGGACUCAUCCUCCUCGGAGUCUGGCUGUACUCUCUGGCCUGGAGCCUUCCACCUUUCUUCGGAUGGAGUGCCUACGUUCCUGAGGGGCUGCUCACAUCUUGUUCCUGGGAUUAUACAACCUUCACCCCAUCUGUCCGGGCUUACACCAUGCUGCUCUUCUGUUUCGUCUUCUUCAUUCCCCUGACUGUAAUCAUCUACUGCUACAUCUUCAUCUUUAGGGCCAUUCAGGACACCAACAAGGCUGUUCAGAACAUUGGAUCUAGUGAGAGCAUGGCAUCCCCAAGGCACUGUCAAAGGAUGAAGAAUGAAUGGAAGAUGGCCAAGAUUGCCCUGGUGGUCAUCCUGCUCUAUGUGCUGUCCUGGGCCCCCUAUUCAACAGUGGCCCUUGUGGCCUUCGCUGGGUAUUCCCACAUCCUGACUCCCUACAUGAACUCAGUGCCAGCCAUCAUUGCCAAGGCUUCUGCCAUCCACAAUCCCAUCAUUUACGCCAUCAGCCACCCCAAGUACAGAAUGGCCAUCGCUCAGAACUUCCCAUGCCUUAGGGCCUUGCUUGGUAUAAGGCACCCACGCAUUCCAUCCUUCAGUAGUUACCGCUUCACCCAUCGCUCGACUAUGACCAGCCAAGCGUCUGACAUCAGCUGGCAGUCUCAAGGUAGACGUCAGCUGUCCUUGGGUUCUGAGAGCGAAGUUGGCUGGAACAACACCGAGGCCGGUGCUGCAAGUCUGACCGUGAAGAACCAAGAGGGGUCCUGCAGGAUGGACCCAGAGACCAUGGAAACACAAGAGCUGACAGCCACAGCCAAGGCCAAGGGUCAAAGCUGGGAGACUCUGGCAAAGACAUUGGAAGAGAUGGAUGACUUAUCUCUCCUGGAGACAGGGACCCUGCUCUCCAGCCUGGAUCUUCAAAUGUAA